AGAGAGAGAGAGAGAGAGACGGAGGAAGAGAUGGAGGAACGGCCAGUCUGCUGUCACCUUUCCCUUACUCGCACUUCCUUCCUUCUCCUACAUUUAUAGUCGUCCAUCACCAUCUUCCAUCAGCUCUUCGUCUCCUGAUGGCCCUCGGAGUGACUCUGAGAUGUGGACGCUCGUGAGGGUGCUGACCAUCGUCUCCGUCACUCUGCCCGGAUCGUGGGGCAGCAGAUGGACAGUGAGCUUCUCCAGGACGGAGAUCUGCACCUGGGCCGGGACCACCAUCAUCCUGCCGUGCCGUUACGACUACCCGUCACCCUACAGCGCCACAAGGGUCAUGUGGUUCCACAUCACGGCCGACGGUAAGCGGGAUUUCGCCUUCCACUCCAACACCAACUUGGUCAGUCCGUCCUACAUGGACAGGGUGAAGUACGUGGGCGGUCACAAGAGGUGCAGUCUGCAGAUCAGCAACAUCAAGCCCAGCGACGGCGGUCAGUAUCACUUCAGGUUCGAGACGGACCACCAGCAGGGGAGAUGGACGUCACCGGACUCUAUCAAUCUUUCAGUAACAGAGCUCCAGGUUCAGGUUCAUCCAGCUCGGGUCUCUAACAUGUUUGCGUCGGGGGAGACGGUGUUUGUGAGCUGUGUAGCUCGAGGCUGUGCGUCUGCAGGGAAGACCUUCUCUCUCUACAGGAACGGUGUGAACCUGGGCUACGCAGAGAGAGCGUCUCCCAUCUACAACUUUAACAACCAGCAUGAAGGAACCUACUACUGCAGACCGGUUCCACCACAGAACGUCCAGUCUACCAGCAUCAACCUCGCUGUGGGACACGCUCCUCGUCACACCACGGUGCUGUUGAGUACGCAGGGUCCGGUGACUGAAGGUGACUCGGUGACUCUGACGUGCCGCAGUGAAGGCGCUCCAGAGGUGGAGAGCUUCGCCUGGUACAGAGAGGGCGAGAGCGGCAGCGUUCCUGACAGCUUCAAACCCGAGCUUCAGCUCUGGAGUCUGGACUACAGAGACCACGGAGAGUACUUCUGCGUGGCCCGUAACUCCAUCGGCACUGACCGCUCUAGACCCGUUCUGCUCAACAUUACCUAUUCUCCCAAGAACACAAAGGUCCUAAUCAGCACCAAAGGUGAGGUGAUGGAGGGCCAUGCGGUCAACCUGACUUGCCUCAGCAAUGCUAACCCACCAGUGAAGAGAUACACCUGGUACAAGGUCAUUGGAGGUCAACCCUGGGCCAAAGGUUCCUCCCAGAACCUCAGCUUCACCAGCGUGCGCUCACAGCAUGCCGGGCAGUAUUCCUGCACCGUCUGGAACGUUUUGGGAAUGGGAUCGUCUCCACCGGUCACCCUGUCAGUGCUGUAUGCCCCGAAGAACACCUCAGUUUUGGCUCGUCCAUCCAGCGUGAUCGAGGCCGGCGGUUCCUUGACCCUGACCUGCAGCAGUCAAGCGAACCCGGCGGUGGAGAACUACACCUGGCACCGGAUCAAUGGCGCUGAUGCCUGGGAAACGCGAUCGGGCCAAAGCUACACUAUCGCUGAGGUCAGCACCGGAGCCAGCGGCCAGUACUACUGCGAGGCUCGCAACCGCAUCGGCGUGCACAGCUCUCCGGUCCUCACCAUCAGGGUGCGAGGUCGGCUGAAGGUCAUCGCUCUGGCUUCUGCAGUCGGUGUUUCUGUAGCACUCAUUACUCUGACUGUCGCCGUCAUGAUCAGUAAGAACAUGCACAGAGUGGACAGUGAAGUGCUGGAAAUAGACAAGCAGCUUGGAUCCCCGAUGGAAGUGGACACACUUUUUUAUGAGUGUCCUCAACCAACUUUUCAGCCCCGGAGCUCAAAGAUGGCCGACAUUCCGGAGGAACCAGAGGACAUUCAUGACAACAUUCAUCCUUCCAUUGUACCCCUUAAGGAAGCUGUGGAGAAAACUGAGGCGGAUGAGGAAAACCGCGCCGGCGGGAAAGUCAAAUACGUCACUGUGCAUUUCUCUCGUACAGCAAGCAGGGACCAAGUGCAUGUCACAGGCCUUCCACAAGAUGGCGCUGCAAAGGAGGUUAAAGACAGACCCAGUGUUGUUUACUCUGUCCUGGCUAAACAGCCAUAACUGAAGCAAAAUAAGUCCUGUGGUCUUGACUAACUCUUGGUUUACUGUUAUUUAAAUACAGAAUAUUAAUAAUCUCUGCAUCCUGCCAUGCUAAUGGAACUGGCCAGGAAUAUACUGUACAGUGUAGCUGGCUACAUGUUCAGAGUUAGCAUAACAUGAUGCAGAUUUAGCCACGCUAUCCAUGUUUGGUGUAGCUCGGACACGUCCAAUAAAACACAUCAUGUCACUGAUCUGAGGUCAUCAUAUGUCUGUUGUACUGCCAGAAAGUUUCCACAAGUAUGUGACUAAUCCCGGGUCUAGAUUCGUGACUCUUUCCUAGAUCUGUUCUGAAUUCAUCUUCAGCAUUAAUCUGAAACACAGUGAGAGAAAUCAAAUACUUGAUCUGAUCAGUGUUCAUAUGAAGCUUUGAUGUAUUAAUGACUAAAAGACGUUCACGAUUUCAAUUAAACCACGCUGUCUUAAAACAUCACGCUCCAGGGUACGUUCUGUUCUCGUACGGCAGAAGCCUCACGUGAACAUUAAAGACUAAUAAACAGAUAGAAAAUCAUAUAAUUGCUGAUACAGUGACUACGACUAAAGCUAAUGUAAGGAUGUAAGGAGUCUCCAGUGUCAGUGCUUUGAAACACUGCAAGCUUCCUGACAUCUUCAGGACAGAGGAGUUUCCACUUUCACUGGUUUCUCAGUAACAUGACAAACUUCUUACGUCUUGUUUAACUCCGUGACACAGAAACAAAGAGAGGCUCUGGAGGGAACGAUGGUUUAUAG